UUUCUUCCUUUUACUCUUUUUUUUUUCACUACUGUAAGUCUUCUUCUUCUUCUUCGGCUAGAAACCCUAAUUUUUGGGGAUUGUGCAGUCAGUCGCAGUCUCAGAUUCGGACCUGGAGCCAUCGUCAUCGAUGAAUUCGAUAAGGCCGCCUUCUCGACGAGCAAGAUAAGCAUUUUUGUCUUCUGCUAAUCUGACUAUCCAGGAAAGAUCGCAGAGAAUAAUGGGGAUUGAGAUCAGAUAUGAACUUGGCACUAGUUUUUGGCACAAAUGUAGUUCGUAAAGCUUAUCGCUUUCUCUUCAGCUCCAGAAAAUUCUGCAAUGGUAACUUGGGUAGUGAUGAAACUCAUAUUGGUUUCACUGAUUUAGAUUUGGAUUGUGGAUUUGUUGAGGAAGCCAGUACUAGUAUCAGUGAGCUCCAAAGCAUCAUCCAUCGAGAAGAGAUCUCUGUUCGGUGUAGGUUUUUGGAUAGUGCCAAGCUUGGUGCGUCUCGUGUUCUCGAGACAUUAAAGCAAGAUGAAUCUGCUGGAUUCGAUACAAAGUCAGCUUUAGAUGAGCUUAAUGUUAGAGUCUCAGGGCUUUUAGUGAGGGAGGUUCUUGUAGGGUUCUUAAGGAACUUGAGUUAUGAUAAUAAUAAGACCAGAUGUGCCAAACUAGCUUAUAGAUUCUUCGUGUGGUCUGGUGAGCAAGGUUGUUUCAGGCACACAGUGAAUUCUUAUCAUUUGCUUAUGAAGAUAUUUGCAGAGUGUGGUGAGUAUAAGGCAAUGUGGAGAUUAGUUGAUGAGAUGGUUCAAGACGGGCUCCCGACAACAGCUAGGACGUUUAAUCUGUUGAUUUGUAGUUGCGGUGAAGCAGGUUUGGCGAAACAAGCUGUUGUGCAGUUCAUAAAGUGCAAGACUUUCAAUUACCGACCUUUCAAACACUCUUAUAACGCGAUUUUGAAUUCUUUGCUAGGUGUAAAACAGUAUAAAUUGAUUGAGUGGGUUUACGAGCAGAUGUUAGAAGACGGGUUCUCGCCUGAUGUUCUAACUUACAACAUUCUCUUGUGGACCAACUAUAGGUUAGGGAAAAUGGAUCGGUUCGACAAGCUGUUUGAUGAGAUGGCUCGAGAUGGUUUGUCUCUGGAUUGCUACACGUACAACAUUUUGCUGCACAUUUUGGGGAGAGGAAAUAAACCGCUGGCUGCUCUGACUACGUUGAACCAUAUGAAGGAAGUAGGAAUCGACCCGAGCGUCCUCCAUUUCACCACUUUGAUAGACGGUCUGAGCCGUGCAGGGAAUAUGGAAGCGUGCAAGUACUUUCUAGAUGAGAUGGUGAAAGCCGGGUGCGCACCGGAUGUUGUUUGUUACACCGUGAUGAUAACAGGGUAUGUCGUAUGCGGGGAGCUAGAGAAGGCAAAGGAUAUGUUUAGAGAGAUGACGGUAAAAGGGCAAUUACCGAAUGUAUUCACGUACAACUCGAUGAUUAGGGGGUUGUGUAUGGCGGGAGAGUUCAGAGAAGCGUGUUGGUUGCUCAAAGAAAUGGAAUCUAGAGGGUGUAACCCGAAUUUCGUAGUGUAUAGUACAUUGGUGAGCUAUUUAAGAAAAGCAGGGAAGCUUACAGAGGCUCGCAAGGUAAUAAGAGAGAUGGUGAAGAAAGGACAUUAUGUUCAUUUAGUUCCAAAGAUGAUGAAAUAUAGGAGAUGAUAGGGUUUUUUUUUUCUUUUCUUUUGUUUCCUUUUUGUUGUUGUUAAUUUAGGUUUUGUUUGAUUGAUCUCUUCUUUACCAAUUCUUGUAACCUAAAUUCAUGUUGUUUUCCAAGAAUUAUAGAAGGAAAAAAAAGAGGAAAAAUAAAAGAACAUCGCCGCCAUCAAAAGUUUUGGUAUCUUA